AUGGCCCCGUGGCUCCUCCUGGACCUGACCCUGCUGGCUCUCUUGUGCUGGCCGUCGAGGGCAGGCUUGGCGGCAGUGAACGAGUCUUCCGACACAGCUUGCCACACGCCCAAUGCGGUGAAGGACCGGCGUAUGGCUGGCAACCUCUUGAAUUCAGCGCCACUACUUCUGCAGAAACCUGGUGCGCAUGUCAGCCUGCUUCCAGCCAACGGGAGUUUGGCGGCGAAUGCAACCAGGCAGAGCUGGCAGUUGUUGCCAGACGGCGCGCCGCCUACAGCGAUGUCGGGCCAGAAUUCCGUAGGUGUUGUCAUCAACGGCACGCGCGCGAUGCUCUCUCGUUUCGGGUCCUGGGCGCGACAUGCCUCCUUGGCGGAGGUGGGGCCGACUGGCAUCCACCAGUUCUUCAACUCGGCUCUGCUACUGGACUGGUGUCUCUUCUUGUCCAUGGCGCUCGCUGCAGCAGCCUGGCGCCAGGCUGCUGCCGGCCGGGGGCUGGUGGUGGCCCUGGCGGGGUGGAUUUCCCUCGGCGCCGCGUACGCGGUGGCAAUCUUCGCAUUGCGUGGCCCUCACCAUGGAUCAAACUGGCUGGCGGGCUACCUACUGGAGUUGAUCUUCCUGACGGAGAAUGUGUUUGUCUUCCACGCCAUCGCCGAAGCUUUCCAGCUUUCCCGGGCGGCGGUAUCUGGCUGCCUGGUGGUCGUGGCUUGGGGCCAGGUCAUGUUUGACGCUGUCUUCUUCAUGGGGCUGGCCGCGUGGCUGAGAUCCUGGAUACUGCUGCCGUACCUCCUGGGCUCAUGGCUUCUUUGCCUCGGCCUCUAUGUGCUGAGCCACUCGCAUGAGGAGCCUGGACUCGAGGCCAGCGUGUCUCCUGCGGAUAGCCCUUGCGCGUCGGAGAGGUCUGGCAGCCCUGCUGCUGACAUGGUGAGGAACGUCACCGGAAACCGCGUUGCCGUGGACACGCAGGACGAAACAGGAUACUUCGUGGUCAAGGCCUAUGAGCAUCUCAAAGUAUCUGUGCUGGACGUUGCAACCGCGACCCUACUUCUGGCCGACUUCGUCUUGGAUAUUGAUGUUGUGCUGACAAAAAUCGAAGAGAUCCCGAACACCUACUUGGCCUUCAGCUCUUCUGCCAUGGCAGCAUUUCUCAUCCCGGAGCUCUUUGCCUUGAGCCAGGACAUGCUGUAUUGCUUCCCACUUCUGCACUACGGAAUCGGCGUGGUUCUGUGCUUCUUCGGCCUGCAGAUUCUCUUUGCGUGGGCUUACGAGAUUCAGCCGUUGGUGGCUUGCUCCAUGGUGGUCGUAAUCCUGGCUGCCUGCGUGCCUGGGACUCACAGACCAAGCAUCUGA